CACAGGAGAGAAUGUUUAAAUUAUUUCAAGUGAAACAUUUUUUUGAAUAUCUGGAUAAAAUGAGAUGCCUUCGAAAACGUUCAACUGUGUCAUUCUUCGGAGUUCUUGUCAUUUUUCUUCUAUUUAUGAAUUUAUACAUUGAAGAUAGCUAUGUGCUGGAAGGAGACAAACAACUGAUAAAAGAAACAUCGACCCAUAAACUGAAUUCAGAACGCUACGUGCAUACUUUUAAAGAUUUAUCAAACUUCUCAGGAGCCAUAAAUGUCACCUAUCGCUACUUAGCUGCUACGCCUUUACAAAGAAAGCGGUUUCUUACAAUUGGACUUUCAUCAGUGAAACGCAAGAAAGGAAACUAUUUACUUGAGACCAUCAAGUCUAUUUUUGAACAAUCCAGCUAUGAAGAACUGAAAGAAAUUUUAGUGGUGGUUCACCUAGCAGAUUUUAAUUCAUCCUGGUGUGAGGUCAUGGUCCAAGACAUUAUACAAAAAUUUGCCCACCAUAUUAUUGCAGGAAGAUUAAUGGUUAUACAUGCUCCAGAGGAAUAUUAUCCAAUCUUGGAUGGCCUUAAAAGAAAUUACAAUGAUCCAGAAGAUCGAGUUAGAUUUCGCUCCAAGCAAAAUGUAGAUUAUGCCUUUCUGCUUAAUUUUUGUGCCAAUAUGUCAGAUUAUUAUGUAAUGCUUGAAGAUGAUGUUCAAUGUUCGAAAAAUUUCUUAACUGCUAUCAAAAAAGUAAUUACAUCCUUGGAAGGAACUUACUGGGUGACACUGGAAUUCUCUAAGCUUGGUUACAUUGGAAAACUUUACCAUUCUUAUGAUCUCCCACGCUUGGCACAUUUUUUAUUAAUGUUUUAUCAAGAAAUGCCUUGUGAUUGGCUAUUGACACAUUUCCGAGGACUGUUGGCUCAGAAAAAUGUCAUCCGUUUUAAACCAUCUCUCUUUCAGCAUAUGGGGUAUUAUUCUUCAUAUAAAGGCACUGAGAAUAAGUUGAAAGAUGACGAUUUUGAGGAUGAGUCAUUUGACAUCCCCGAUAACCCACCUGCAAGUUUUUAUACUAACAUCAAUGUUUUUGAAAAUUAUGAGGCAAGCAAAGCUUAUAGUAGUGUUGAUGAAUACUUUUGGGGAAAAUCGCCUUUAACAGGUGAUGUUUUCGUGGUAGCAUUUGAAAAUCCAAUUAUAAUUAAGAAAAUUAAAGUAAGUACUGGAACAGAAGAUCGACAAAAUGACAUCUUACAUCAUGGAGCCUUAGAUGUUGGAGAAAGUAGUUUGUCAGUUAAACAAAUGAAACAUUGUCUUAAUAUCAUAAGACUAGGAGAGUUCAAAAAUGGAAACUUUGAGUUGUCAGAUGUAAAUCAGAAAGUUCCAUUUGAUAUACAAUGUAUUAGAAUAUAUGUUACCAAAACACAAAAGGAAUGGCUGAUUAUUAGGAGUAUUAGCAUUUGGACUACUUAGCCAACUAAAAUCACUGAAUAGGUCCUAUUCAUGGAACCUUUGUGUUUGGCUACCUUUGCCCAACAAUAGAUGGAUAUUUAAAAGAAAUGUCAGUCAUCUGGGUACUUUUGAUUUAUACAUUGUCAAUACAAUUUUACUCUGAUACACAUUUGUAUUUAUUUUAAUUUAUAAAUUUAUUA